AUGUCGUCUGCCUCGCAAGACUCAAAGGAAGGAGGGGAUUCGGGUGGGCCUAAGCAGGAAAACUGUGCCCUGAAAGAAUGGGAUAUGGACUUCUUCCUCUCCCAUAUUCCAAGAAAGGUCCAACAUGCUCUGACCACUCUCGACUUGGAAUUCACUUGCGUGUCUUCAUCGUCGGAAAGCAUUGUCAUAGGCACCAAUGUCGGCUUGGUGUAUUUUUACUGCAUUCUGACUGGGGAGUUCCAAAGGCUGAGAUGUGCGCAUUCAUUAAGUGGAACCAGCUGCAUAAGCCUUGUGGAAUCCAUAGACCACAUGGUUGCAGUUGGUGGUGUAGAUGGAACCUUGACCAUCUUUCAAUUAUCCAGACCUUCACCAGAAGGUGUGGAGAUCCCAUUACAAUUCAAGAAGGCAGAGAGAUUCACUAUCAAGGGAUCUCAUCAAUGUGAAGUUACUGCCCUAGCUUGGAGUGCAAAUGGAGAACGACUCAUUAGUGGAGAUGCGAGUGGACUUGUGAUGCACACCAGGAUUGAUUUUGCCAGGGAUAUCUUUCAAAACAAGCACCCACGUGUACCUUUGCUUGAGCACCCUGGGACUGAAGAGCAACUUCCUAUACCCAAAGAUAUUGCCUUUGGCCCGUUGAAGCUGUUUGAUUCAGCUAACCUUCUAGUCCAGUGUGCCAAAGGAUUUUUCAUAAUUAAUCCUUCUACUGCAUCACUAGUCACAAGCUGCUUAUUGUCUCACUCACAUGUCAAAGAUGUCAGCUCUUCUUCUGGUGUCAUUUACAUGAUAAGAGAGAAAAGGAUGCUUACCAGGAUUGCUGUAGCUCCAUUGCCUGAGAUGGUUUUGAAUGAUGAGAAUUCCCUUGACCCCAUGGCAACAAUGAAGGAAAUUGGAUUGAAGGGACUCAACAAGACAAGGUCUCUCUUUGAUCGAUUUCUUCCAAAAGUGGAAGACCAGGUCCUGCGGCUUCGGGAGACAUUGGAUGAAGCAUUGAGGAUUCCCCUGGUUACCCAGGCAACUCCUCAGGAAAACACCCCCCCUGUGGCAGCAAAAAUUUCUGGAAAGGGUUCUGAACCCUUAGAAGUCAUCCAUCAUGGGAAGAAAGGGAAGAGAAAGAAGAUCGGUGAUAAAGGCAGUGACUCAAACUCUGACACAGUUAGCAUGUCUUCAAGACAGUCUGAUGACCCAGCCCUUCUGAUUCUUGGUUCAAGUUCUAGUUCUCCUAAUACCACCUCUUCGUCUGUAAAUGCUAAGCCUGUGAUAAAUGAUGAUGAUGGACAAUCUGGGACUGCUGAUGGCAUGGGAGAGCCAAAGUUGAAAUUAGAACAGCCUGAUGCAAGUUCUAUUGAAUGGAAGGAGCACCUACUGGCCAAAUUAAUUGGUCUGGAAAGCCUUGAUUCCAAGGAAACUUCUCAAGAUACUCCAAGUAACACCAUUCAAGAAGUCCUAGAACCAUUAUCAGGAGAGAAAUCAUUGGAAUUCUCCCCAAAAACUGAUUCAAUUUCUACUCUGUUGGGAAGGCUAGAAUCGGUAAUUAGUGCUGGAGAUGAGGAUGCUACAUCAUUGGGCUCCUUGAGUUAUGGUCCUCCAUCUGACAGCAGUCACUUCAGUUGGCAUACAAGUGGUGAAGAUCAUGUGUCUUUGGAGCAGAAAGAGUGUACUGAGCCAAGUAAUGAAGAAAUACCAACGAUAAUGGGUGACCUCUCCAAUGAUUGGCUUCAGUACAAAUCACCAGGCCCCCUGAUGUCACUAGCUGUGUGUGAGCAUUAUCUUGGCUGUGUUGACAGGAAAGGAACUCUUUACUACAGUCAAUGGGAUGGCUAUCUCCUGCGCUGGUUUGCUACAGACAAUCCUGCUGAUCAGAUUGCCUUCUCUCGCCUGGGUGAUAUCAUAUGGAGGUUGCACAAGGGCACUGCCUAUGCUCUCUUCAAUCCUUCUUCAGAUUCCUUGAGUGGAGUCAGGUGGAUAGAGGCUGCACAAGAUGUCACCUACAUAGCAGUUGGAGACUCAUCUGCAUGGUACAUCUGCCGCGAUGGACGGAUUGCUGUCCAGGCAGAUCUCUCACAGACUAGACCAUGCAGUUGUGAAAUUGUGAUAGAGAAAGACCCCUGUGUAUCUGUAGUAAAGCUCCAGAUCUAUGGAAGUGUAGUUUGGGCAUGUGAUGGAGUGGGAAGAGUUUUUGUCCGUAUUGGUGUCUCUCCUCGACUUCCUGGAGGCUCUGAGUGGGCUUUGCUAGAUGCUGUAGGCUUACCAGGGAGGAUUGUUGCUCUUGGGCUUGGGCCUAGAGAUCUGGCUUUUGUUGUGGAUGAUAAAGACAGAAUUUUUGUUAAAAAUGGGGUGGGGCCUCUGCAUCAAAAGGGACUGGACAAUCGAUGGUGGCAGGUAUCCAUCAAUGCUUCAGUGUUCCCCAUGUCAAAGAACUUUCAUCACUCCCACAAAGUCCAUCCAUCUCAACUUGUCUCCCUUUUAUCUUCUUCUUACUAUCUUCCUAUCAUUGCUGCUGGAAAGAAGCAUGUCUGGUUCUCUCAAGGAAAUAGCCCAGCCCUUUUCACACCCAACAAGGUCAUCAUCGGUCAUGUGUGGGAUGUUGUUGAUGUGCCCCUCAUGUCUCGAACAUCCCGAUGGAGUAUUCUUGAUGCCAGAAGUCUUUAUUGUGAUCAAGGUGGUAUUUGGCUUCUAUCCCCUGCUGGCCAGCUCCUCUGUUUGUCUCCUAACCUCAUGCAAACAAAGGGAAUUUCAAUUCCUGACAACAAAGUGAUCCUUGGAUUGAGUGCUGCACCUGAAUCUCUCUGGAUGCUCACCAUUGAUGGAAAUGUGUAUGUCCGGCUUGGAAUUACAUCUUCUCUGAUUGAGGGAAAGAUCUGGCUCCCUCUGCCUCUCACCCAACUCAAGGAUGUAGAACUGAAGCACCUGAGCGUGAGCAGUGAGGUGGUGUGGGCUUGUGAUUCUCGAGGGAAGAUUUAUUUUUGUUAUGGAAAUGCCAAAUCUCUAAACCCAGGUGCUCUUCUUCCUGCCUGGAUUUGUGUUGAAGGGAAACCACCUGCUCCUCUCAACAGCAGAACUACUUUUACAAAGGUCUAUGUUGGUCCAAAGCUGCAGCUAGUAUGGGCUAUAGACAAUCGACAUAAUGUUUAUGCACGAGAGGGAACUUUCCCAGAGGUUCCCGUUGGGACUGAGUGGGUCUUUGUACCUGGAAUACAAGCCACACAGCUUGCUAUUGGUGAGAAGGCAGUGUGGGCUCUGACUUUAAAGGGAGAAGUGUAUCGGAGGUAUGGAAUUACAGAGAACAAUUAUGUUGGUGAUUAUUGGCGGAGGAUCCCCGGUACACUCAACUCCAUAUCAGUGUCAGUGGAUGACCGAUUAUGGGGUAUAGACACGGAGGGCCAGCUAAGAAUGCAUCUGGUCAUGAAACUUCAUCUGGAUGAAGAGGAGUGUGAGCAAUCAACUCAGGUAACACAGUAUCUAGAGGAACCUCCUGAAGGAUGGGAACUUGUGUCUUGAAAGGGAUGUACUAUCUCUUUAUUGUGUCACACAUUACAAGAGAAAGAACAGUUUAGAUAUACCAGUUACAUAGUGGUACUCCAGCUGAUUGUGAUAUUGUUUGAUUUCUGAUUUAGUGACAUAACCAGUGAAUUUUUCUCCUCCACAGAUUAUUGUGGAUGUCAUUCUCAACUAAUCUAAGAUUCCAUUCACUGUAGCAUUCUCUUCAUGUCAGAGUACUCUGAAAGUGAGUACUUCAUAUGCAAAAUAGGUUACUCUUUUUUAAUAUCACUAUAUUUGGGACCAAUGAUAUAGCUUGAUUGCAGCUGGAGUUCUGGUUAAGUUUUCUGGGACAAACAUUUAGCACCUUCUCAAGUCACAAUGUUUUGAUAUUGUUUUGUGCUGCACUUCACUGUGAUGAGGUUUAUGAUGUUAAUGACUUAUAAAUGCAUGUAAAAUGCGGUCAGUUAUAUUUUGCCAAAUUUGGUAGUGAAGAU